GGACCAAAGGUUCUUUGAUGGGGGGAAGAGUCCCAGCUGGUUGGGACCUCCGCAGAGAACAUCUCCUCACUCAUAUCUACCUGAUCCAGAUGGAAUCUUGAUGGAAGUGAACUAACCCUCUCAUAUCUAUUGAUGAUGUUUUUCUAUUUUUCCAGGACACGCCAUGGAGAAACCCUCAAAGGAUCGUCUCACUUUAUCUCCAGGUUGUAAAAUGGAAGAUGAGGACAUCACAGGAGAUUGUGGAGGAGAAAAGCCAAUGAGCUCCACUAUGGACGGAGGACUUCACAGUGUGGAUAGACCAUGGAAUCCCUCCGACUCCAAGCAACCUCGUAGUGUGAGGGGUGGGGCCGGGAUUCAGGGGGAGGAGACAUUCUCCUGUCCUGAAUGUGCGGAGAGUUUUAGCUCUGAAUUCAGUCUUUCUGUUCAUCGGAGAUCUCACACGGGGGAGAAGCUUCAUUUCUGCCCUGAGUGUGGGAAAUGUUUUCUUCGUAAAUCAAAACUGGAUCUACAUCAAAGAUCUCACACAAGAGAGAAGCCGUAUUCCUGUAAUGAAUGCGGAAAAAGUUUUUCCAAAAAGUUCUGCCUUUCAAGACAUCAGAGGUUGCACACGGGGGACAAGCUGUAUGUCUGUCCUGAGUGCGGGAAAUGUUUUCCAGAAAGGACCAGUCUUUCCCGACAUCUGAUAUGUCACACGGGUGAGAAGCCGUAUUCCUGCCCCGAGUGCGGAAAAUGUUAUACACAGAAAUCUGACCUUGCUACACAUCAAAGAUCGCACACGGGUGAGAAGCAGUAUUCCUGUCCUGAGUGCGGGAAAUGUUUUUUACAGAGGUUCGGUCUUUCCAGACAUCUGAGAUUGCACACAGGAGACAAGCCGUAUGCCUGCCCUGAGUGCGGGAAAGGUUUUCUUCUUAAAUCAGAACUUGUUGUACAUCAGAGAUCUCACACGGGGGAAAGGCCGUAUUCCUGCCCUGAGUGCGGGAAAUGUUUCUCCGAUAAGAAUAGUCUCGCCAGACAUCAGAGGUUGCACACGGGCGAGAAGUCGUAUUCCUGUCCUGAGUGCGGGAAAUGUUUUUCAUGGAAGUCCAGUCUUACUGAACAUCAGAUAUGCCAUACGCAGGAAAAGAGGUUUUCCUGUCCUGAGUGCGGGAAACUUUUUUCGCGGAAAUCGGCACUUCUUAAACAUCAACCAACUCACACAGGCGAGAGGCCAUAUGCCUGUCCUGAGUGCGGGAAAUGCUUUACACGGAAAGCAUACGUUAUCAAACAUCAAAGAUCUCACACGGGGGAGAAGCCGUAUUCCUGCCUCGAGUGCGGGAAAUGUUUUUCGUGGAAGUCUUGUCUUACCAAACAUCAGAGAAAAACCCACACAACCCUUGAGAUGUCCUGAGUGCGGGAAAUGUCUUCUAUAUGGGUCACAUCAGAGAACUCACACUGGGAAGAAGCACACCUUGAUUUACACCUCAGAAAACACGUGGCUGAGCGCUCCUCUGAUCUGCUAGCGGGCGGCACCGCCACGUUCCUGUACGUUAGAGUGUGCUUCCUGGUUUAGAGGCGUUCGUGCGCGCCCCCUGCUGACCUGCGCUAAGUUUGUCAACAGGUAACAACCAAUCAUUUUGGCUGUAUACCUUAGCUGACAGGAGUGGCACCCUAUGUGGUCUUCUGCUGCUGUAGCCCAUCUGCUUCAAGGCUGCGUGUGUUGUGCGUUCAGAGAUGCUAUUCUUCACACCUUGGGGGUAACGAGUGGUUAUUUAAGUUACUGUUUCCUUUCUAUCAUCUGGAACCAGUCAGCCCAUUCUCCUCUGACCUCAACAA